AGUUCUGCAUGCUGCCAUGCUUGGCCCGCCGGCAUGCUGUCAUGUCAGAUUAACCUUGACCUGUGGCUGGAGAGCAAGAUGUCACCAAGUUAUCUUGACUUGUGGCUGUAGAGCAUGCUGUCAUGUCAGGUUAACCUUGACCUGUGGCUGUAGAGCAUGCUGUCAUGUCAGGUUGACCUGGACGUGGCUGGAGAGCAAGAUGUCAUCAAGUUAACCUUGACCUGUGGCUGUCAUGGCUGUAGAGCAUGAUGUCGUGUCAAGUUAACCUUGACCUGUGGCUGGAGAACGUGCUGUCAUGUCAAGUUAGCCUUGACCUGUGGCUGGAGAACGUGCUGUCAUGUCAAGUUAGCUUGACCUGUGGCCGUAGAGCAUGCUGUCAUGGGAUGGAAUCCCAGCCAGGAUAUUUUGCAAGCUUACUACCGUUUUGUGGUAUUGUUCUUCAAUUGCAUGUUGACAUUUGGAACGGCCUUCUGCUUUGACAUGCCUAGCGUUCUUCAAGCAAUCUUUCAAGGGAACAUAACGUGCAUUAAUGCAACCACAUAUGGCAAUAGCAGUGACUGUGUUGAAGGACUAGGCAUGACGCCUAACCAGUACAAUCUGCUCUAUGCAAUCUAUGCAUGGACAAAUGCCAUUGUUGUGAUUGCAGCAGGGUUCUUGAUUGACAAACUUGGAAAUCAAGUCGGAUUGUUUCUUUUUUCCGGUCUGUGUUUGAUUGGCUCAAGUACAUUUGCUGGUGGGGCCAUGCUGAAAGGCACAAAGGCCAUGCUUCCGAUGAUGCUCAUUGGUCGACUGAUAUUUGGAUCUGGAAAUGGCUCCCUGAUAAUUGUUCGGAAUCGUAUAACAGCUUACUGGUUCAAAGACAAGGAGUUGGCUUUUGCUUUUGGGGUCACGUUGACUUUCGUAAGGCUGGGAAGUGUUCUAAACUUCUUGUUGACCAAAUCCAUUGAGGAUAAAGUUGGGUUGACCUGGGUGCUGUGGGGAGGUGCCUUCCUUUGUGCUCUUGGGUUUACCUCAGCUAUUGUAACAAGCAUUCUGGAUAUCUAUGGAGUUCGCCAACUUGGACAGGAGUCGAAUGUAAAGCAGAGCUCAAAGAAACUUCAUUUCAGUGACAUUCGCUACUUCAACUCGUCCUAUUGGCUGGUUGUCUUGACCAUCAUGUUCUUCUACAAUGGAGUUUUUCCUUUUAUGGCAGAUGCAAGUAAAUUUAUUCAUGAUAAAUAUGGUUUCAAGGAGGAGUCCCCGGUACCCAGCUACCUGGUGGGAGCAGUGUUUGAUGUUUCUUUGGUUCUGUGUGUGCUUCUAGGUGCCUUGAUUGACAUCAUUGGAAUGCGCGGUCUCUUGGCUUUGUUUUGCUCCGUCGCUACCAUCCCAGUCUUUGGCUUGCUUGCUUUUACCCACAUCUACCCGCUGGUAUCCACACUGUGGCUUGGCUUCACCUACUCCAUUGCUUCAGCAACUCUGUGGUCAUCCAUUCCUCUUGUAGUCACCCAGGAAACUGUUGGCAUGGCGAUGGGAUUUGCAACAUCUGCUCAGAUGAUAGGCGUAGGUAUUUGCAACAAUGUGAUUGGUGCUAUACUUGGAAACAAAAACACACCCUUGCCUCAUGAUGAGUUAAUGAAACGUUGGAAAUACGUUAUGAUCUUCCUGUUUGCCAACACGCUGUGCUGUGUUGUCACGGCAAUUCUGCUCAACCUUUCAGACAAAAGAAAGGGGUGUAUCCUAAACCAGAAUCGUCGUGAACGGAGGGAGGGCAUGGCAUUGUUGAUGCCGAGUGUAGCCACUGACGACGGUUCUGGGAAUAGUACUUUGGCCAUGAAUGAGGCAAAACCUCUGCUGCAUUCACCUGAUCUUGGACGGCCCACGCAACUAAAAUGACUGCAGCCUCCAGUCUAGAUUGGCAACAGUCAAUUCUGUAUCAAUGGGACUUGUUCUGCAAAAAUUUUGUUUCCAUUGUACUAGACUCUUUGAAAGAUCUGAAAUUAAAAAUGUCCACUUGUGAAUUGUUUUCACAAAACAGGCCACAAAUAUACUGAAAUACUGCUGGAACCUUGGAAGGGUGUCUGUCAAGUUGCCUAUAUUUGCCAAAUGUUGCCUUGUUUCAUGUGCUUCUAUUUUUGAUAGAGGGAUGCUAGUGUUAGUAUGAAGAGGAUAGCAGGUUAAAGGGUUGGAGAUUGUUUAAUCAAAAACUUUAUGUAGUAUUACAGGCAAUUGUGUCUUUGUAAAAUGCUCUGAUCUUUUUGUUUCAACCAAAAAUUCAACCAGCUUUGCAGAGAAAGUGCAAUUUGCUGGUUUGGGUAUCCUAUUCAUUUUUCUUUUACUUUAUAAAUGGACGUAUACAUUGUGCGAAAAACAUUGUUACCUUGACUAGAGUGUCCUAGAUUUGCAUUCUUGACUUAUACCCAGCAAGAAAUGAGACCGAGGGGUACCCCC